AUGGCGGAUCGGCAGGACGACAAUUAUAUUGCCACAGCCGAUCUGGAUCCUAGCCUUCUCAAGGCUAUGCCUCACCCAUCCGAGGUCAUCCAGCCUUCUACGAGUCAGCAAAUUGGCUCCAAGGCAAAAACAAAAAGAAAACACGGUGCAGGCGAUAACAGCGGUAAGCGCAAAAAGGUUGUCUUGACCAGUACCAGGCGCGCUAAACGCCUCGUUGAAACAGCCCGCGGAGGAAAGAUUGCAGCGGCGGGCGGCACGAGGAGUUCAGCAGCAAUGUCCGCUCCCUACUCCACUUCCUUUCGGGUGCAGGGCCAGGAGCAUGGCAGCUCGCCAUUACCUUCGGGCGCUCAGGCUUGGGACGCGGAGCACACGGAGCUCCCUCUGGCACCCGGCGCCCACUCCCUGCAGCUAACCAGGGAACGGGCCCAGGAGGCUGGCGGCUCGCCUUUGCCUCAUGCCGGUUCGUCCUUAGGCGGCUCGCCUCUAAAUCAAGGACAACAGGCGGCAGCGGAGACUUCAUCUACCGGUAGGAUCCUCCCCCCUCUGCAAGACGAAGGUCUAGCCUUCUUAAAAGCAGAGCUCUCUUCCCUUAUUAAGGAUGCCUUCACUGAAGGCUUAAGAGCAGACCAUGAUGACUACAAACAGAGCCUUGACUCAGAUACCUUGAUCUCUUACUACUACGGAAAUGGCAGCACCUCCAGUUACUUCAGCUACAAUGAGUCAGACUACAACGAGAGUGAAGUGUGCUGCCUGGUCCCGCCCUGUGACUUCUAUACCAUCCAAGCCUUUGAGAGGGUCUUCCUGCCUUGUUUCUACACCCUUAUUUUCCUACUGGGGUUGUGCGGAAACAUCAUGGUGAUGGCUGUCUCACUGCGUACCAAGGAGUCCUUACCUGGAACGGACGUGUUCAUCUUCAACUUGGCCAUUGCAGACGUCCUCCUGGUGGCCACGCUUCCUUUCUGGGCAGCCCAAGCUGUGCACAGCUGGAUCUUCGGGGAGUUCCUCUGCAAAGUGGUUGGCAGCAUUUUCAAGAUCAAUUUCUACUCCAGUAUCUUCUUCCUGGUCUGCAUCAGUUUCGAUCGGUACCUCUCCAUCGUUUAUGUCAUCCGCAUGUAUAAGAGGUCCAAGUCCUCUUGGAUCCUCAUCAGCUCUUUGGCCAUUUGGGUCUUCUGCAUUCUUCUUGCAGUGCCGGAUUUCAUAUUUCUGAAAGUUGAAUUUGAUUCCCGCCAAAACACCAACUCAUGCUCCCUCAACUUUAGCUCCAGCUGGAAGAUCACUCUACAUAUUUUGAACCAAGUGGUGGCUUUCUUCCUCCCUCUGUUGACCAUGGCUUACUGUUACACCCACAUCAUCUUCACUCUGCUGAGCUCCAAAGGUUUCCCAAAGCAGAAGGCCCUUAGGGUCAUCCUGGUGGUGGUGGCCGUCUUCUUCCUCUGCUGGACCCCCUACCACUUGGUGAAGCUCAUUGAAACCUUGAUUUACUUCAAAGUCUUGGAGCAAAGUUGUGAGUGGAAGUCCAAGAUGGAGAUUGCAGAGACUAUCACAACGAGCUUGGGGUUUUCCCACUGCUGCCUCAACCCCCUCCUCUAUGCCUUUGUAGGAAUCAAGUUCCGGAACAGAUUCAUUGAACUGCUGGAGCAGGUUGGCUGUGUGAGCCGCAAGUUCCUGAAGAGACAUGCCCACCUGUCGAGCCACCGGAAAGAUUCAACGUGGUCUGAGAGCACCGAGCCCUCCUAUGCAGGUCUCUGA